AUGAGCAUCUCGGUGAACGGGCAGUCGUGCGUGCCGCCGGGGUUCCGGUUCCACCCGACGGAGGAGGAGCUGCUCAACUACUACCUCCGCAAGAAGGUGGCCUCCCAGGAGAUCGACCUCGACGUCAUCCGCGACGUCGACCUCAACAAGCUCGAGCCAUGGGACAUCCAAGAGAAAUGCAAGAUCGGGUCGGGCCCCCAGAACGACUGGUACUUCUUCAGCCACAAGGACAAGAAGUACCCGACGGGGACGCGCACGAACCGCGCCACGGCUGCCGGGUUCUGGAAGGCCACCGGCCGCGACAAGGCCAUCUACAACGCUGUCAAGCGCAUCGGCAUGCGCAAGACGCUCGUCUUCUACAAGGGCCGCGCGCCGCACGGACAGAAGUCCGACUGGAUCAUGCACGAGUACCGCCUCGACGACCCUGCUGCUGCUGGCUCCGGCGAUGCCGCCGCCGCCGCUGCCGCCACGGUCGCCGCUGCUGCUGCGGCUGCUGCGUCGGACGGCGCGCAGGAGGACGGCUGGGUGGUGUGCAGGGUGUUCAAAAAGAAGCACCACCACAAGGAGUCAUCAGGUGGAGGCGGGGGCAGCAAGCACGGCGGCAGUAACAACGAGCACGGGCACGGCGGCGGCAAGGCUGCUGCUGCUGCAGCCGCGGCGGCGCACCAGCACCAGCACCACGGUGGGCUGCAGUACUCCUCCAGCGACGACGCGCUGGACCAGAUCCUGCAGUACAUGGGCAGGUCCUGCAAGCAGGAGCACGAGCUGCUGUCGCCGCCGCCGGCAGCGAGGCGGGCGGCGUCCAGGUACCUCCGGCCCAUCGAGACUGUGCUGGGCGGGCACGGGUUCAUGAAGCUGCCCCCGCUCGAGAGCCCAUCCGCGGCCGCGGCGGCGCUGAUGACGCCGCUGCAGCACGCCAUCUCAGGCGACGCCGCCGCCGCAGCCGGGGUCGUCGUCGACGACCUCCUCGGCCUCCACCGCGCCGGGAACGGGAUCACGGACUGGGCCAUGAUGGACCGGCUGGUGGCGUCGCACCUGAACGGGCAGGCGCCCGACGUCGCGCCCGCCGCGGACCACCUCGGCAGCUGCUUCGACGACGCCACCGGCGCCGACGACGCGGACGGCGGACUCGCCUUCUACUCCGCCGCUGCCAACAGGCUGCUGCUCGGCUCCGCAGGUUCCAGCGGCGCUGGCAGCGACGACGACCUGUGGAGCUUCACGCGGUCGUCGGCUUCGGCAGCGGCGGCGGCGGCGGCCACGUCGACGGAGCGGCUGAGCCACGUGUCACUGUAG